AUGGACUUCUCUGUUCCGCCCCAGAUCUAUUACCCCUUCCCGGAGCACUCUCGGGCCCAUCUCCUCAACCUACCGCUCGAGCUCCGCCACCAGAUCAUUCUCUAUGUGCUGAUCGCCAGCGCCCAUGACUUUCCGCUUCCCUAUGAAUAUGGCAUCCCGCGCAAGCGGCCGCUGCUCUGCGUCUUCUCCCCUUCAAUACUGGCCAGCCUCCAAGAAUGCCACCAGCACCCCACACCGGGAUUGUUCUGGGGCUCAGAGCGCAUGACGCAGCUGAUGCGCGUCAACAAACUUCUCUACGACGAGGUGUUCGAGAUCCUCUACACCCAGUGCAGCUUGUACACCGGUCUGUCGCAUCUGGGCCUCGACGAGGCGCUGCUGCAGAUGGAAAAGAGGAACGCGACGGCAGUGCAGCAGAUUCGACAUUUCCAUUGGAGAUUCGCGGUGAUGCUAAGCAGCACUCGUUUGUCGGAGGAGAGUAUUCGGAUUGCGGAUACAGAUUUGAAAACUCAGGCUAGACAUAUGAUAACGGGGCUGCCGUCGUUGAGGAGUGUUACGGUGCAGAUCUAUUUUAUUGGAUACUCUAUCGCGCCACCGCCUCUUCGCGUUCUAGCGGUUGAGGAUAUUAUGUCGGUUCUUCACGCGUUGAAGAGUAAGGAGAUUGAUCUCUUUGGGGAAUGCAAUCGGGCUGACCAGAGAGAGGUCAUUGAGGAAUGCCAAAAAAGGCUGGCAAAUAAAAUAAAGUAG